AUGACAGCUGCCAUCAAAACAAUAGCUCGUGCAGUAGAUGAAUGGAAGAGUAACAAAGAACAAAAUAAAGAUCAAGAUUUACCAGAAGAGGAAAAUAUUUAUCCAGAAGACCCUGAAGACCGAAGAGUCGAAGACGACGACCUCAGCAAAGCCGGGCUGACGUCACACGUGGCGGUGCCAUCGCAGAAGGACGUAGAGGAAGCUCUGCUCCGACGGAAAAAACAGGAGUUGUUGGAGCGUUACGGCUGUCUCGACGUCAAAAUGGAGAGCUGACGACGAUCAUAAACCUAAAUAUAAGCUAUUUUCACUGAA